GCUGCAACGCUGUGCGCACUCGAGUAAUUUCCAAGCGUACGCACAACCAUCGAUCCAUGCUGCAGCCCUCGGUCUACGAGAUGAAGACGUCCAUCUCGCACGUGGCAACGGCGCCCGAACACCACGCGCAGUACGUCGUCCGCGUCGCUGACCCGCGCACCGAGACCACCGCGUGGUUCCUCUACAAGCGCUACUCGGAGUUCCGCGGCCUCCGCGACGCGCUCUCGCAAUUGCACUUGUGCCCGCACUGCGCCAGCGCUACGCAAGCCAUCACCAAGCAGUUCCCGCGCCGCCACCUCUUCUCGUCCACGUCCGAGCGCGUGCUCGACGAUCGCAAAGUGCGCCUGCACCACUUUCUUGAGGUCUUGUCCAUGGCCGCCGGGCGCUUCCUCGACGUCCCCGACCUCAAGCAGCAUAAAGGCGCGCGCCUCUCCGCGGCCGCCGUCGCUCCGACGUCGCUGCUCGAGUUUAGCAGCCGGAAGGACCGACACGGCCGCCUUGUGCUCUUUCGCGCGAGUGAGGCGAAGCGACUCUCGGGGGAGCGUCCUGUGUCGCCCGUCCCGUCCAGCGCCAGCGACGUGUGCAUCGCGCGACCGCGGAUGCUCGUCUAA